GGCGAAGUUAGGGGGGGGCUUGGGGGGGCUAAGCCCCCCCAAAAACCAAAUUAGCCCCCCCAAAAAUAAUUCAAACAUUUAUCACACACUCACCUAUCCACACCUUCCAGAACAGAAAUUAAAAACCAAAAAGAAUCGUUUCAUUUAAUUAAUUCUGCAAUUCUACAUUUAAUAAUUUGUGAUUCAGACUUGAAAUUGCAAAAAAUUGACGUUCACUGAAUCGGCCGAACCUGCAUACACGGAUUAUCUUGUAGUCUGGCACCGCCGCAACUGCAACCCCGAGUCGCUAGUGGGUUUGUACCGUUUGCAGUAUUCUCUUUGCACUAUUGCAGUUUGCAAAUUGGCUUCAGAGAGGAGAGGUUUGUUUGUUUCUCGACACUCGUGUUACUUAUUUUGAUUUGUUGAUUUCACAUGUUCUAUUUUAAUUAAAUUAAUAUGAAGAAAAUUAGUGGUGAUAUUCGUUCUUUUUUUUUGAAAGUUAAUAAAUCUCCAAGAAAACCUGCUAAUGACUCACCUAGUGGCAGCGUUACUGAUACUAAUGAUAUUGUAGACAAAGCAGGUACAAGUGUAACAAUAGAAGCACAAGAUGAAGAACCGCAAACUAUUCCUAAACAAACGACUCAUGAUAAGCUGGUACUGGUAAAUGAUUUGCAAGUUUUAGACGACCUGGGCACUUUUCAAACAGGACCAAGACAACCGAUUCUAGAAAAAUAUCCAUCAACGAAAGUUGGAAUUCAAAACCGAAGUUUUUCUGCGAAGUAUUUUAAGCAGUAUGGAUGGGUUGAAUAUAGCAUAAACAUGGAUGCCAUAUUUUGCUUUUGUUGUCGGAUUUUUGGUAAGGAGGAAGUUAAUGAACCCAUUUUUACCAAAACGGGAUUUAAAAAUUGGAAGAAAAUAGCAGAGAAAUUGUCGAAACAUUCUGAAGGUAAAGCACAUAUUCAAAACAAUCAAAAAUAUGUAAUAUAUAAGGAAACAUUAAAAGCAGGCUCUGUUGCUACACAAACUUCUUCAGCAUAUAAAGAACAAAUCAUUAAAAAUAAAGAAUAUUUUAAAAUAAUAUCGGAUGUCUUACUAACACUAUGUCGACAGGGUAUUGCCCUUAGAGGUCAUGAUGAAUCAGAGGAUUCUAAAAACAAAGGUAAUUUCAAAGAAAUUUGUGAACUUGUAAGUAGACACAAUCCAUUAUUUAAAGAACAGCAUACAAAAUAUUUUAACUUGACAAGCUCUGAUAUACAAAAUGACAUAAUAAAUAUAAUUGGAAAUAUGAUUUUAAACACCAUUAUUGACGAAAUCAAGGAGUGCGGUAUGUAUGCAUUAAUGGUCGAUGAAGCACGUAGUUUUAAGGAACAACAACUUUCUGUUUGUGUAAGGUAUGUUAAAGGAUUUCAAAUCGAAGAAAGGUUUUUGGGUUUUACUAACUGCUCCCAGGAACGUGAUGCUACAUCUCUAUGUAAUAUUUUACUAAGUUAUUUAAAAAAAGUCGGACUAACAAAUAUUCCCAUCAUUGCACAAUCAUAUGAUGGUGCAAGCGUUAUGUCGGGUAGAGUUGGAGGUUUGCAAGCAAAGAUAAGAGAGAGACAUCCUUCUGCAAUUUAUAUACACUGUAUGGCGCAUAGAUUAAACUUGGUCGUAACCGAUUUAUGUAGUGAAAUAGACAGCGUCAAAGACUUUUUUAAUACCGUAGAAGCACUUUAUGUUCAUUUUUCUUCUCCAGGUAAUCAUAGUGUUUUAAUCAAAAUUCAAAAGGAACUGGGUCUUUCAAAGAUCGAGUUAAAUCGCUUAUCAGAUACUAGAUGGAGUUGCCGCAAUACUAAUUGCCAAGCUGUGAAAAAAAAUUAUUCGUCAAUAAUUAAUGCCCUUCAAUUCGAGAUCCAACAAAACUAUAACAAAAAUGUUGUGGAAGCAGUUGGCUUGCUGUCCAAUAUGAAGUCUUCGAAAUUUUUAGUCAGUUUGAUAAUUAUAGAAGAAAUACUAACUAUGAUAAAUAUUUUAAGCAAACAAUUGCAGUCAGAAAAUGGAACUAUGGCGGAAUCUACAAAUAUAAUUAAUGGAACUAUAAAAUCGUUGGAGCAAAAACGUGACGAAAAUGUUUUUGCACGAUUGUGGCUAGAUAUAGAAGACUUGGCCAAGAAAAAUGACAUAGGCCUUGAUCUACGUUCUUCAAAACGCAAAAAAGCUGAAAAUGUAUAUCUUAAAGACUAUGUCGUAGAAGCAUCCACUCCUGCAAUUGACGAUUUUAAAGAAACAUUAGCCCAAUCAACAGUGGAAAAUCCUGCUCAAAGGUUUUGGCUAACUACCGUGUAUUACAGAUCAUUGGAUCAUGUCAUAAAUCACAUGAAAAUAAGAUUUUCGGCUGAAAGUCAAAAGUUAGCUGUAGCUGUGCAUAAUUUUUUACAAAUGAAUUUUGAUGGCAGUAUGGAAUUUAUUCAGUUCUAUGCAGACACUUUUUUAAACAUUGAUAAAAAUGUUUUAAAAGCUGAAAUGACUGUAAUAAGGAACUGUAUAGGAAAAGAAGGCGAAGAUAUUAGCAUAUCCGAUAUUACUUCUGUUGUCACAAAGACCACAUUUCCAAAUUCAUAUAGAUUUUUGCAAAUUGCGUUAACGUUGCCAAUUUCCUCUGCUUCAUGUGAAGCACAAGGCUCUGGCAAAAUGGAGAGUGGAUACAACUAUGGCUCUCAAGAAACCAAAUGGAAGCCUCACGAUAUAUGA